GGUCAUGGCUUCGCGUCACUCAUAGGCGACGGUUUUAAAGUGCACUGUUUUGAAGUAGCUGCUAAGACCUGACACCACACGGCAAACUGAACCAAAAUGGGUGGCAAAAAUAAGCAAAGAACGAAGGGGAAUGUUCGGCCAUCCAGCAGCGGCAGAGCAGCCGAUUUAUUGGCCCGUGAAAGCGGGGUCAUUCCUGGGUUCGUUGGAUUUGGGAUUUCGACCUCAAAUGAGCCAGGAUACGUGCCUGCUGUCCAUGGUGCAGAAGAAAUAGACCAUCUGGUAGAUGCUGAUUUUCGUUUGGUUUUGAGGAAGUUGUCCAAGAGAGAUGCAGUCACAAAACUGAAGGCAGUACAGGAAUUUGGAGCUAUGUGUCAGGAGCGUGAAUCAGACAUAGUGAAAGGUGUUCUUCCCUACUGGCCACGGAUAUACUGCAAAAUAUCACUGGAUCAUGACCGCCGAGUUCGAGAGGCCACACAGCAGGCAUUUGAGCAGCUCAUUCUGAAAGUCAAGCGAAACCUUGCACCUUACCUGAAAGGUAUAAUGGGCCACUGGAUCAUAGCUCAGUGUGACACAUAUUCCCCUGCUGCCUCUGCUGCUAGCGUCGCCUUCCAGACUGCCUUCCCCCUCAACAAACAGCCGGAGGCUCUCAGUUUCUGCAAAGAUGAAGUGCUGAAUGUGCUCCAAGACAAUCUGCUGAAGGAAACAGCCGACACCCUCAGUGACCCACAGAGCAUUCCAGAGGAGGAGCGAGAGGCAAAAUACAUGCGUCUGCUGACCAGCUCCCUGCUGGCACUAAAGAGAUUGCUAGUAAUGAUUCCUCAGACAGACCGUGAGGCUCUAGGCGAACAUCUUGCUCAUGUUCUCUCACAGGGGAAGUUCUGGAAGUACAGCAAACACAAAACUCCACAGGUCCGAGGGGCGUUCUUCGAGGUGGUUGCUGCUCUGUGUGAGCUCGCUCCUCAGCUCGUUGAGGCCGAAGCAGCACGAGCUUGUUCUGCUGUACUCCUCAGUAUUGACGACGCUGACCCUGUGGUCCUGCCGCCACUGUGGGAGGCUGUUCUGCACAUUCUCUCCAGCAUAGAGGACUGUUGGACUCAUGUAAAUGCGAGGAAAGGUGUGCUACCCAAGCUUUGGGUACUACUGAAAGAGGGAGGACAUGGCCUGGCCACUGCACUGCACCCCAACAUGCUCCCCUUUAUCAGCAAACUUCCAGCAGAGGUCACUGAGCCCAAACUUGACUUCUGUAGAUCAUUCUUUACAUCCAUCAUACAAGGACUGUCCAGUGAGCGUGCCGUAGCCAGCCCCUCAGAGUGUGCAGCCAUUGUUUUUGCCACCAUGGAGUGCUUGCGUUUCCUUCUACUACAGAACGCAGGAGAGGAGCCAGAACAGCGGGCCAUGCAGACUGUACUCAUUUCAGAGCAGCUCCUGCCUUUGAUAGACAAAUCUCUAGGAAACCCUGCUUUGCAGAGUGGGCCUCUGUUCCUUCAGAUUACCGAAAUGCUGGUGUCAUGGGAGAAGCGUACGACUGGGAAUGAUGCCAAGACCUUCCAGAGACUGCUGGUAGAUUUCUGGGACGGCCUGGGCAGCCUUUGUGUGGGGUAUGUGGAUCAAGAGCAGACAGAGCAGGUGGCUCUGGAAGGCGUGGCCUCUCUGCUGCAGAUCAUGCAGAACCCUUGUAAACAGGUCAAGCGGAAGAAGUCUGUGAAGAUCUGCUUCUCGGACCAGGAAGCAAAAGGGCAAGGGGAAGAUCCUCCAAGCGGAACUCCACCAACAGAGCUUUCUGAAAGCCAAGGGAAGCAGGACUCUUCCCUGAGGAGCAGCCACCUGCUGGAACUGGUGUGCCAGCUGGCUGAAUUGAACAUGGUGUAUGUGUGUGAGCGCAACUCAGAGAGGCACCUACACUUUCUGGCUCUGCUGCUGCGUGCCUUCCCAAAGCCACAGGUGUUCCAGGUGCUACUAAAGUCAGAAGAUGGGAAGCCUGAACAGGGACUGGAAGCAGAGCUCGGUGCGCUGACUGAAAACCCAGCUGUACGCUUUCUCCUGCAGAGAGUGGUGAUGUGGCUCCGCCAGGAUGACAGACAGGGCACUGACUUUCUGGUGGACAUGGUGUUCAGCGCUUUACAUUGCUGUAACUCCAAAGGGGAGCAGACUCUUGUUCUCAACCACCUCACUAUGAGCUUGAAAUGGGGUGUUAUUUUGCAAAUUAUCCAAAAGGCGUGUGCUGAUGCUGGCUACUUGGAAGCUUGCAGAGGCUGGUUAAAAGGUUCAGUGCUAGGUGAGCGCUUGGUAGGGCUGGCUGGUGAGCUGUGUGCCUUCGGGCUUAAAGGAUCGCCCUCUCUCUCCUCCCCACUCAUGAGCCAAAACAGCCAUAGCUGGCCACUCAUCAGCCUGGCCCUCUCUCAGCAAAGCAAUAAUGAGUCUCUGAUUGGUAAGGUGUAUGUGGAGCAGAUCAUCGAGCGGCUACAUGCGACACUGACCGAGGCAAAGGGCAUGUCAGAUGCUGGGAACAUGGAGCCUCUCGUCUCCUUCAUCUGCGACGUGGCCUCCAACUUUUUCUCAUCUGUAAAAGGCUGUUUAUUGCUGGCAGCGGCGGAAGAGCUGGUGCUCACCAUUUUCCAGCUCUGUGCUCUGGACCAGACCCUCACACACCUCUCAGAUGCUCUGCUGCAGAAGAUGAAACUUGCCUACACUGCUGGAGUGCAUUCAUUAGUCACACAGUUAGGGGCAGGGGUCACGAAGGGGACCUUCCUCUACAGUGCUGCAGUCUGGGUUAAAACCCUGCUUCUCACUUCUACUCUCAAUGCAAAAAGUCUGCAGGUUCUGGUCCAGGCAGUGCAGAGCUUGGCCGAAACCCUGUCCUCAGCCCAGCAGAGCGAGUGCCUGUUGUCACAGUUCAUUUGCUGUCUCACCCCAACACAUGAGGAGUGGGUCUGCCUCAGAAAGGCCCUGCCUCCUCAGUGGGUAAAGCGUCCCCUGCUGUGUGGGCGUCUCAGAGUGACUGAGGAGAUCCCUGGCGUGGAAUUGUGGAAGGUGAAGGACAUGAGCAGACUCCCUGCACAUCUGUGUGCCAGUGCUGUGCUGGGAAAAAUCAUUUUCAUUGCAGUACCAGCUGAUACCCAGCAGGAGGAGACAGACACCUCAGAACUUCCUGAUCUCAGACACACGGUUGCAGAAAUUCUUUAUGCUCUGCAGUGGUGUGAAGAGAUGGAGCAUUGCCCUGCCAUGCUGGCUGAAUAUUACAAAAUGCUCCAAGACUGGAACAUAGCUGAGAAAACCCAUAGCAACAGUUCAGCCAAAGCUGGCAUUCUGGAAACAUUGUUCACAAGGUCGCGAGAAGAGGGUGCCCUCUGGUCACUGACUUUGGCAAGCUAUAUCCAGAAUACCAAACCAGAUGCCAGCAUAAUUAAGAGUCACUGUGGUAACAUGGAGAGUUUCUAUCCUCUCUCAGAACAGAGUGUGUGCACUAUUCAAGUGCUGUGUUCGUCUCUGACUGCUGCAGAAAGAGAAGGACUCAUUGCUCUGUCCAUUGCUGAACUACUCAACUGGCAGGAGAAAGAGCAAGACUGUGCCCACAGUGUGUGGGCGUGCCUAGCUGUGCUGCACUGUUGUCUGCAGGCUGAGACUCCUGUGGAGGAGGAGAUUCUGCUGGCUGUCAUGGCCACCUUACUGGAGUGGCGCAACAGCAGAGAGGAGUGGUUCCUUUUUAACAGUGACCUGGGGAAAGCAUCUGCUGCGGAGCUUGCUCUGCCUGUGGAGAUGAUGUGUUUCCUGUGCUGGCUGGUGGACCAUUCUCCUACAGUUCUUGGCAGCACUCAUUGGGACUUCCUCCUCUGCUCCAUGCUGGCCUGGCUGGAGACUGCCAGUGAGAGCAGUGGGGCCUUCUGGAAUCCCUGGGUACAGCAGUUUGUGUGUGCUAACUGUGAGCUGAUUGUGAGACUCACUGACUUCUUCAUAGCACUGCCUGCUGGUGUGGCAGAGCAGCUGCCAUCUGAGCUCAGCUCAGAGUGGCAGGAGUUUUUUGUGGAGGGAAUCCACAAUCUGCUGCUGCCUCUGCUAGUGAAGAUUCCUGUUGAGUUCCCUGAGCCAGAUGAGCCGCUGUUUCCGAUGGCCGUGGUGGUUGCGGUGGGCAACGCCCUCUCCUACAUCCCCAUCCAGUUACUUACACAGAAUAAACUUCCAGCCCGGUUUGUGGCAGACCAGAACAGCAGCCUGCCUGAUGCCCUUCAGACUCUGCUGAACACUCUCGGCCCACUGCUGCUGUUCAAGGCCCGACCACUGCAGCUAGCUGUCUAUCACAUGCUGCACAAGAUUAUGCCUCUACUACCAGAAAGUGAUCGUGAAAGUGCCACUGCCAAAUCUGAAGAUGAAGAUGAGGAAGAGCCUUGCCUGUCCCCUCCAGCAGCGAUAAUGACUAUUCUCACAGCCACAGAGGAGUUACUAGAGAAUAUUCUGGGUGGCGUGCAGGUGGGUGGGUUUGCUGUGGUGCAGCCCCUCAGCAUGGAACACUGUUGCAUCCUGGGAUACCUGCUGGCCUGGAAACUCCUCCUCACCUUCUUUAAAGCUGCACCUUCUCAGCUGCGUGUCCAGUACUCCUUGCAUUUACGGAAGACCCGUGCUCUGCAUAAACUGCUGCUACAUCUUUUCCGGCUCAUGCCAGAAAACCCGGCACUGCCUGGGCAGCCCACAGAAAUGGCCAGCAAAGACCCUAAAAGCUUCUUUACUGAGAAUCUGUCCCUCUCUCUGCACCAAACGGAAGGUUUGCAGUGUGAGGUUCCCCACCUGGCCUGCUCUGUGUACUAUGGAGCUUUGAAAGACCUGCCUGCAAUGGUUCGCUUAUGGUGGAACAGUCAGGAGAAGCGCGUGUUCAGCAUUGUGGAUAAGUUCACCAGCAAAUAUGUCAGCAGUGUGCUGUCAUUGCAGGAGAUCACCUCAGUGCAGUCCAGCACGCAGACCUUCGAGAAUAUGACGGUAAAAGCACGCUCUGCCACGCGAGAGGUGAUUGCGACCUACUCGGUGGAUGAUAUCUUUAUCGAGCUGGUAAUCCAGCUGCCUCAGAACUACCCUCUGGGCUCCAUCUCUGUGGAGAGUGGCCGUAGGGUUGGAGUAGCUGUGCAACAGUGGCGCAACUGGAUGCUCCAGCUUAGCACAUACCUUACAAAUCAGAAUGGCAGCAUUAUGGAGGGUCUGUCUCUGUGGAAGAAUAAUGUGGACAAGCGUUUUGAGGGAGUGGAGGACUGCAUGAUCUGCUUUUCAGUCAUCCAUGGAUCCAACUAUUCACUGCCUAAGAAAGCCUGUCGCACUUGCAAGAAGAAAUUCCACUCAGCUUGCCUGUACAAAUGGUUCACAUCAAGCAACAAGUCCACAUGCCCGCUGUGCAGAGAGACCUUUUUCUAAACACGACUACCAUCAACAGGUGACUAAGCUGUGGACAAUGAUGAGAGACAAAACAAAUAAGACGAAGAGCAAAUCUCAGUUUGUAAGUUUGUACAUAUAAUUUUGACUGAAGUCCUGUCAGUCAUCCAAACCCAUCCAACUGUCUGACCGGGCAUUGACUUUACCCGUCUAUUUCACAAUCAAGAACAUAUUCGAUGGUCACUGUUUAAGCCAUCUCGUCAUCAUUGAAGGAUAAACAUGCGAAAAGACAGUAUUUCUUUUUUGAAUCAUGGCCUGGAAAUGCUGCCUUGAUCGCCUUCUCUAAACACUGUAAAGCAGUUGACCCUCUACAAGACCAGGAAUCUGUUUGAGCAAUGCAGAGAAACUAAUGUGGGUUUUUUUAAAAAUUUGAAUCAUGAUUUAUUUUUGUUUAUGAUGUCCUCAAAAUUGACUUAAAGGGCCCAUAUCACACAUUUUUCUUGUUUUUAGUAUUUGGAGGUUAUAAUGUUAGUGGGGUUUUAUGAAUAAUUAAUUAAUACACGACCUCUGUUUGUGCCUGAAUUAAAUAGACUGUUACUAUGCCUUUAAGUUGAUGUAUUUCAGUGAUCUCUGUUCUGACUGGCUGCCCUUUAUUAUGCCUACUUUAAGAAGUAAUCCAGGCUGAAACAUUCCUUACAACCUCAGCAUGAAUGGGUUGGGCUAAAAUGGUAUUGGCUGAAUUGACAGAUGUAUGUAAAUGCAUUGAUUUUCGUGCUUUUACAAAAACAAUAAAAUUAAAAUGGGCUAGUUUCACAAUUAGUUUUCAUAUGUGGAUAGUACAGAGUGGGGAAUGAAUGCUAUAUUUUCAAACUUUACCAUUUACUAGGUAUUAUUAAUUGCGUAUAAUUGUGACCGAUUUGAAUUGUUAAUUUUUUCUUCAAUAAAUUAGGGUCUAAUACGUUUUCACCAAAAAGACCACCAUAUUUCUUUUUUUUUUUUCUCUUUUUUUUUCCUCUGGGUUGAGGUUAAAUGUUGAGCAUAGUGUGCCAGACUGCCAGUUAAUUGUGGUUGUGUUGUCAUGUACAUAGUACUUUGUUUUGGUUCUGGCAGUUGCCAGGCUCCUUGUUAUUAGGUUAAAUUUCCAGACAGUGCUGUUGAUAAUGUAGGCUGUAAUUAAGUUAGCUUGACAAAGCCAACUUACUGUUCUUUGUUUUAUUAAUUGAUUUUUCUUUUGCACACUGUUUUCAAGCUAGAGGCACGAAAGCCUUGUAGAGUCUAUACAGGAAAAAUGCUUUUGGGACUGUUUGCAUGUUCAGCUUUCAUGCGGUGUUCAUUCGGAUACGUUUUCCCUUAGAAAAUGACUGAUGGAAUGUUGAGAACAUUCAAAUCUAAUCGCCACAAAUGAUGUCACAAAGCACAUCGCUCGCACUGUCCCGUAUAGAAGUUACAUACAGGCGUGCGUACUAGUGCACACACACAUUCACACACCUUAGCAACCAGCUAAUCAUAGCAAUGGCCUAGCUACAUGUUGGCAACCACCAGAGGUUCCAUAGUAGUGGCCUAGCAAGACCUAACCACCUGGAAUAACGCAACAGUGGCCUAGCUCCACCACAGUAACCACCUGUACGAUAGCAAUGGCCCAGCAGCACUUUAGCAACCACCAGAAAUAUCAUAGCUGUGGCCAGCUACACUUUGGCAACUACUUUGGAUAACAUACCAAUGGCCCAUCAACACAUAAGCAACCACCAGGGAUACCGUAGCAACAGCUUAGAAAUAUCUUGGUAACCGUCUGGGGUUCCAUAGCAAUGGUUUUGCCAUCCAACCUAAAAUUUGUCCACAAACCUGACCCUUCUAGCUAAAAUGGUGUCUCUUGCCAUUUCAGAAUUUGGAUUUGGUGUACCAGUGAACCCUUAUGUUUACAUACAACAUUAAACUCAUUUUUAAAAAGCAGGGAAAAAGGCUGUUUCCCAUGAUAUGGGCCCUUUAAUGCCAAGGUGUUUAUUUGUUUAUCAUAGCUAUGAUGACAGGAUGAAAGGAAUGAGAGGUGUCUUUUACCGCAUCCACUCUGCUAAGUAUCUUAUACUGUCAUUCAUAAAGGGAACAUUUUUUGUAUUGUCAAACCUCCGCACAAGUUUUGAAAGAAAUAUGCCUGUGUGUCAGAACGUUGUUCUGAUACACUGGGGACCAGUGCAGAACUGAGAAUAUUUGUUUAUAAUUUCUGUUCGCACAUUCUUAAACUAUGAGUCUGUAGUCACUUAUGUAGAUCAGUCAUGUUUGCCAGUGUACAGUGUCCAAAACAAAGAUGCAACAGAAAUACAGAUGCAAGUCUGAAAUACAGAUAUUUUGCUUUUUA